AUGUCGCUUGUCAACAGGGCGUUAUCUCGGGAGGGGCAUGCCGCCAUGAGCAUGAGGGGGGAGUCGGACAGAUGGAUUACGAUUCAGAAAAACACGUUUACUAACUGGGUAAAUGAACAGCUGAGAGUCGGAGGGAAUACAAGAAUGGUAGAGGAUCUACAAACCGCUUUUGAGGAUGGAGUAUUGCUAUGUGCACUUAUUGAAUCUCUACAAGGGAAGAAAAUCGGACGGGUCAUAAAAAAACCAAUGAACCACCAUCAGAAUCUGGAGAACUGUACCCUGGCACUGGCGGCUAUUGCCAAUGAUAACGUGCGCCUUGUGAACAUAG